GCUUUGGGUUUUAUUUCUUAAGUAUUUCUGGUUAUUCCUCAAUAUUAUUCAAACACGUUAUAUUUGACUGUAUGUCAAAUAACAUUGGGGCUUUUAAAAUACUUACCCCCAUGUACUGCUGAUAGUUGAUAUUUUUACCUGUAAUUCAAGUCAUAUUUUGGUGCUAUAUUCAAAGCAUGUCUGGGCUGUACUUGUCCAAACUUCUAACACGGAUUUCUAUUACUUCAGAUAUCUAUACAUAUAGAUAAAUACAAACACAGCCAUGUAUUGUUAUUAUGCUAUUAAUGCAUUUUAUAAGCGUGUAGUUACAGAUCUGAUGGUUUUUGAGUGGGGAUUGUUGAUAAACAUUUAAAAGAUUAUAAUCCAUUAUAAUAACUAGCCGAGCAAACUGUCCAGCUAAAUUAAAAUGUUUUCCUUUUUUAGUCUAAUUAUAAAGAAAACAAUGGAAAUUACAGUAAGUCGUUUGAAUGGACUACUCAGAAAAUAUUUAUUUAACGUUACCAAAAGCAGUCUGACUACAAGCUAUCACGCUAAGUUUUUAUUUUAAGAAAUCCAUAAGUAACGUAUAAAUCCAUAACUGGCUAAAGUCCCGAGCUCGCUAAUCACUCUGCAUCUAACGCUACUCUCGCAACAAAUUACAUGAAACUCCACAAAAACUUCCUAACAAGUAAAUUCCAAAGCGCAAAACAAACCCAAAGUGAAAAUUCUUGAAUCUGCAUGAUAUAUCUAAACUUUAAAACGCCAUCAGUCAGAAAUAAUACAGCUCGCGGGCCUGCCAAAAAAAGCCACGCAACAGCGGCCACUCGACUGAGAUUCCUUCCGCAUUUUCCUGCGGCUCUGCGGCAGUGACGUGCGUCUCAGAAGGCGGCGUAAAUGCCGGUGGAGCUGGAGGCUGCAGCGCCUCGGAGCGCAUCGGCCCCUCCCCUCCACGCUUUGCGGCGGCCCGCCCUACUCACACAAGAAGCCCGUAUGCGUUCUGCCCGAGUCUGGGGGUGGGAGAAGCAAAGGCGUACGGCCUUGGAAACGAAACAAAAAUAAUACAAAAGGUCUUAUAUUAUGCAGAUGACAGGCAGAUACAAUGGAUGAAGAUGUAACAGCUCUCUCUCUCCAUUCCCAUGAGCCCAAGAUCAUAUUCCAUGGGACAGGUGAUGGAGAGGAAGAUGAGGUGGUGGUAGAACUGCAGGAGUCCGUUCUCGUGUCUGACGUGGAGGGUGAGAAGAUCGUGGUCCAUGGCCUCGCCGCCGAGGAGCUGGUAAUCCAGGAAGCUAUUGAGGAUGUGGUAGCUGAAUACGUGCCUUGCUCAGAAGAAGAGGAGGGGCUUGCCACCAUUGCCGUGGAAACCUGCGUGAUGUGUCCAGAUGAUGUGGCUCUGGAAGAUGAAGGACUGCAGGUUGAUGUGGUAACUGACGUUCAGGUACAGGAGGACCCUGAUACCUGUGGAGACUACCUCAUGAUCUCUUUGGAUGAGGCUGGAAAGGUGAUUUCUGAUGAGGAUGCUAAAGUCACAGUUGAAGGCACUUUAGAGGAUCAAGAAGAUGUGGAAAAAGUUGAUGAUGAUGAUGAUGAUGAUGGUCAAGAGGUCAUUAAAGUGUACAUCAUCAAAGCUCACCCAGGGGAGGAGGACUUGGGGGGCACUGUUGACAUAGAUGCCGAGCUCGAUGUAGAUGAGACCGUGGAGCUGGUGGAUUCCUCUGGAAUGCCUAUAAGAGAGAAGAUGGUGUACAUGUCAAUGGAUGAAGCCAAUCAAAGCCAGGAUGACAUUAAUGUGGCUAAAAUCACAGAUGAGGUCUACAUGGAAGUGGUGGUAGGAGGUGAGGACCCUGGAAAUGCUCAGAGGACAUUUGAUAAUGCAUCGCUCAACAAAGACUUCAUGCCCGUGGCCUGGGCAGCAGCUUAUGGUGAAGAGGAGAAUGAAAGCUGCGAGAACAGAAAUGGAGCAGCUAGCGCUCUGUUGCAUGUCGAUAAAUCUGACACGAUCGAGAGACUCAACCGUCAAAGAAACAAGAACAAGAGCAAAAAACGAUCUGAACUCCGGCACGUUCAGACAGCAAUCAUCAUUGGACCGUAUGGCCAGCCUCUCACCGUGUACCCUUGCAUGCUGUGCGGCAAGAAGUUCAAAUCGCGCGGUUUCCUUAAGCGCCACAAUAAGAAUCAACACCAGGAUGUGGUAAACAGAAAGAAAUACCAAUGCACUGACUGUGAUUACACCACCAACAAAAAAGCAAGUCUCAACAACCACAUGGAGAUCCACACCCUUAGUAACAAAGCUCAGUUUGAGUGUGAAGUGUGUGGAAAAGAUUUUCAUCAGCAGGCGGUGCUCUUCUCCCACCGGCUGCAGCACCACCAUAGAGAUUCCAAGCUUCAAAUCCCAUCGCCUGCUACAAAAAUGCACGAGUGUAAAUUUUGUGAAUACGAGACAGCGGAGCAAGGGCUACUCAACAGACAUCUGCUGGCCGUUCACAGCAAGAAUUUCCCUCACAUCUGCGUGGAAUGCGGGAAGGGUUUCCGGCAUCCCUCCGAGCUGAAGAAACACAUGAGGACGCACACUGGCGAGAAGCCAUACUCGUGUCUUUACUGCGACUACAAAUCGGCAGACUCUUCCAACUUAAAGACGCACAUAAAGACCAAGCAUAGCAAGGAGAUGCCGUACAAGUGCGACCGCUGUUUCCAAACGUUUGCCGAUCCUGAUGAGCUCCUACAGCACGGAUUGACACACGAGGAGGCCAAAACACACCUGUGCACCCACUGUGACCAUAAAAGCUCCAAUUCCAGUGACUUAAAGCGUCAUAUAAUUUCCGUUCACACCAAAGACUACCCGCAUAAAUGCGGGGUCUGCGGAAAGGGCUUUCACCGGCCAUCCGAGCUGAAGAAGCACUCCGCUGCCCAUAAGGCCAAGAAGUUGCACCAGUGCAGGCAUUGUAACUUCAAAAUCGCAGAUCCGUUUGUUCUCAGUCGGCAUAUUCUGUCUGUACACACCAAGGAACAGCAAGCUUUCCCUGACAAGAAAGGACUUAAGAAGACAUUCGGACUCGGGGGUAAGAAAAUUUUAGGCGGUGCUGGCAUGUCCAGGGGCCACCGGGAACGACGGGUGUACCAAUGCCAGUAUUGCGACUAUAGCACAGGUGACGCAUCUGGCUUUAAGAGACAUGUGAUCUCCAUACACACCAAAGACUACCCGCAUCGCUGCGAUUUCUGCUCGAAAGGUUUCCGGAGACCGUCAGAGAAGAAUCAGCAUAUCAUGCGACAUCACAAGGACCUAAUGCCUGCCAUGUGACCUUUAUAACGGCUGCCAUAGCAACACCAAUCAAAGCACUGAGGCCAUCCUUGACAGGAACAGGUUCAUCAUGGAUGCAAGGAUAUGAGUCAUUGUAGUCCAUAGACCCAAAGCUGAUCGCUGGAAAGCCAGCCAGAUCACGGUUGGUAUAAGCAGGGUGAAGGUACAGAGAAAAAGGCCGCUUUGUGUUGAUUCAUAUUUUUGAUUCAAUUUUUUGGUGUCCGGUUUUCACAGGUUGUUAUAAUGUCAAAUUCAUGCUUUUGUUGAAGUCCAACACAUAAAUCAUAAUGUUAAAUCAUCAAGGUUGGCCGUUAAAUUUUGUGUUUGCACAUUGAAUUAUGACUCCUGGGGUGCAUUUUUACUUUACAAAGAAACGUAAUUGGGUAACUUAAAUGACUCUGGAAUGUGUUUACAUAAACAGAUUUGAUAACAGCCUUGAACGUUUUGUUAACUGUGGUCCAAAAUUUUUGACGGGAUUCUUCUAGCUACAGAUAAGCAGAAUGUCAGAUUAAAAUGAAUUAAAAGUUCACAAUUUAGUCUAUGACCUGGUUCCUGAAAACACAAAUAUCAUAAACAUGACAGUUUUAAUGUAAAUAGCAAAUCUCUAUAGUGGGCUUUAAAAAAAAUUAGCAAGGGUCCUGAGCUUAGAUAGGCUCUCAGCAAACUUGCAUUUAAUUGACUAAAUAUAUUCAGGCAAGACAAAAAAAUAACAGUAAUACAUCAUCAGUGCAGGAUAUCCAAACAAAAACUCAAACAUUAAAUUAGUUUACUGAUAUUAGCCACGGUUUAAUAAAAGAAUGAAUUGAAUUUAAUGUAGGACAAAUCAUCCUGCUAAUAUUUUCAAGUAAAAAACAAUGACAAAUGGUAUUUAACUAAAACUUUUUCGGAACUUCGUCAAAUUAGGCCAAAUGGCUGGUAAUCUAUAGUUUUAAUAAAGAACGAUGCGAGUGUGUUCAUGUAUAUCUGAAAGGUGGCCAUAUGGUUUGUUCGUUGUAAAACUCGCUUUCAAAUUCAGAAAGGUCUUUAGGGUAAAUUUUAUUUUUUACACAGAUACUGAAAAUAUAUAAUUUGGAAUAAAGAUAUUCUAAAAGAUCAUAUGUGAUGUGUAUAUGAAAUAUUUGUAAAUACAGAAGUAAUAAACCGUAUUUUGUGUCCUAACUGUUU